AAAGCCGACCGAGGCUCAAAUGACCUGUGGCAUCAGCAUGCGCCUCUUUCAGUCCCAAACAUCGAGACAUGUUUUGGUGUUACACAAGAGAACGCCCGCUGACUUCAAUACGCGCUUCGAGUUCUGACCACACCAUUGGGUACCAGGUCAGUAGGUCCCUUGCUUCAUAAGCAAAUGUUCUUCAAUUGGAAGGUCUCGCUUGUUUGACCUAGAAGAAUCAACUAGUCAGUGAGCAUUGUACGCAGAUGCUUGCCGAAUCCCGAUUCAUCGUCCAUCACGACGAGAUUGUUCCUGUUUUGCGCCUCCUCCGCAGUUGGUGAGACGCAACUGACCACGUCUAUAGGCUUUUGUUGCCAUGGGUUUUCGCAGGACCGAGAUCACGACCUAGCCGAGAUACCUUGACACACACCGAGAUACACCCAAAGAAGCGUUUGGCAUCAUCCUCACCGUGUUUCGAUGGUUCAUCGAGUCAUGCUACCUUAGUCCCAGGUCCACGUUACUGGGAUAUCGUCCUAGCAGCAAUGUUACCCGGUACGGGUGUGGGAUAGAACCCAACAGCACCAAGCAUUUCGCCACAGCGUAAGGCUGAUGAUGCAAGGCCGAGAUGUCCGGUGUUCAUCGACAUGGAAGGGCGCGAAGGCAUCACGAGCCAGCGGCCCUUACUAAGGCCUAGCAGAAGAUACAGAAACGGCUUGAAUGUUCACCGACAUUCAAGCAGCCAACACAAGUAUAAAGCCCACCUUCUCAGACAACACUCAUCAUCAUCAUCAUCAUCACCUCCUGCUCAAAACCACCUCCAACAGUCUUCUUCCUGACCGGAUCCCUUUACAACCGCAAAAAUGAAGUACACCACCGCCUCCGCCCUCCUCCUCCAAGCGACCACUGCCCUCGCCGGCCCCAUCAUUGAAGCCCGCCAGCAACCCCGCGCAGUCUUCACCCGCGUCGCGACCCAAACCGGCCAAGGCUGCGAAGGCUCCUUCAUCUUCUACGACGACGCCAACCAAAUCGCCACAGUCACCUACCCCAACUACGGCGUCACCCUCCCCUCCGGCCCCCGCGAGGAGUCCUGCACCACCACCCUCCAAGUCAGCUUCCCGGUGGGGCAGUGCACAGCCGGCACCGCCCUCGGCACGACAACCGGGACGGUCUACCUCCCCAGCAACGGCAUAACAGCCUUCUUCACCGCGCGCGACUACGCCAUCCAGCCCACCAUCGGGACCAUCACCGACGUCAGCCCCAACGGGCAGUGGACCGGUGCCCGCUCAGCGGAGCCUUACGUUCUCCGGGACAGCAUUAGCUAUCGGCUCACUCCUCCCAACCCGCAGAACAGCUUGGUCAAUUUUACUGUGUUUGGGGACUUGAGCCUGCAGCCGGAGAAUGCGGGUGGGGGUUCGUUGACUGCGGAGCAGUUUGUUUUCGAUAUUCGGAAUCAGUCUGCUUGUAAAUUUGACUUUGAUCAUGGCGUUGUGAAGAAACGCCAGUGAAGCCACGAACUGGGAGGCGUUGAAUGGAGGCGUGGUGGGUUGGGUGGAGGUAGCUAGGUAUGGUGGAACACAAACUUCAGCCACUCUUUACAAUUUUCAUUUGCUACAUAUUCUAGACUUCUGUUUUGUUCAGUUCUCUAGAUGUUGUCUUUUUGUCCUUCACGCUCUGACAGCACACGCAGUUUGGAGAUUAGGUUUUCAGGAGGUAGAAAUAAACACCCCUUGCCCAAGGUACUCCGGUGGAUGAUUUUGUUGCGGUGA